CACCUUGCGUUGUUAUAGACUAGAAGUGCUAAUAAAGAUGUUCAAUCAACUUUUCGCGAUUGUUUUUCUUGCGUUAAUUUCAUUUUCUUAUUCACAAGUCGUCUCCCAAGGCCAAUGUGAAGACAGAAAUGUAAAACCGGUACAAGAUUUCCCAGGGGUUAAUUACUAUGGAGCUAAUUUGAGGAGAUGGUACACUGUAUAUAGUUCCGACAGUCAGGCCGACUGCGAGUCUCUAAACUUUACAAGAAUAUCACUUACCUCCUCGAGAAUCUCUUCGGUACAUAAAAGCUCUAAGUCUGAUGGCGUAGUGACAUUGGCUAGUAAUGACAGUCAAGGGAUUAUAAAUGUAAAAUACGACGAUUCCGACGAAGCAGUGCAAUAUAAAAUCCUUGAGUUCGAUUAUGAUCGCUACACUGUCGAUUACAAUUGCGUUAAUGUAGACAGCAACAACAAAAGAGAAAUAUUAUAUGUAAGGAGCAGGACUAGGAGUAUUGAUGACGACAUAGCCCGAAUUCUGGAAAUUCUUAGAAAUAUGGGUCUCGCCAGUAGAAGCACGACAUUCGUUCAACAGGACAUAGCAAGCUGCUUGCCAUAGGACGACAGUAAAAUAUGCAUUAACGAAAUCAAUCAAAAUUAAACCUGUUAGCAUUAGGAACACGUUGUUAUAAUCGUAAACACUUGGAUAAUGUCAAUAAAGCAUAAUUAAUGUAAUAAAUGGCGAAUUAACUUUAA